AAAAACAAUAAUAACAAAAAAUAAUUCAAAAGAUAUAAAAAACACGAAAUUUAAUUAAAAUUAAAAACAAAAUGGCUUACUCUACGCGUGCGCAAAUUUUUUUCACCGUUUUUGUCUACAUUCUCUGCGGCCAAACACAAUUAUCUCACACGGCCACCGAAUAUAAUCGUUAUUUGGCGCAUAUAUUUCAAAAAUAUGGAACUGGUGGUACGAUUUCAUUCGAGGGUCUCGAGCAUUUGAUGUUUAAUCUAGGCUUGGGACAAAUCGAAUUCGAACCGGAACACACCAUCGAUGAGCAUCGUCCUAAAGGCUUCAAGACUAUUGAUAGCGCAGAAGAUGCCCAAUUGACUGCAUACUUCGAGCAGCAAAGUUUGCGGUUUUCACCCUCCGAUGAUGAUAUAGAAGUUUUAACGCAACGUGUGGUGGAGAGCAAGCAAACCGAUGAGUUGGACAUUUUAUUAAAGGAAAAGGAGAAGGGCAUUUUGUUGGAAUUUAAAGAGAUGCACGAUCCAAAGCAUAGACAUCCGCGUGAUACUGAUGCUUUCUUGGACGGUCCACCCCUUUCAGCCAACGUUUGUCUUUCCCCCAAAGCGAUGCUCCGUCUAGUCGUCGAUCACAAUGAUCUACACAAGGGUAAACUAUAUAAGACCUUUACGGCCGAUGCUGUGCCGAAGCCGCACAACUCCGAGGACGAGUACAACGAGUUUAUCAACCAGGUGCAGUUAACGCCUGUGGCUUUUAUGAAACUCUGUCCCGCGCUGUUGGCACAAGUGGAUCAACAUGUGUGUAUGAAACCGGCGCCACUAACGAACGGUGAAGAUCCCAAACUCUCGUUGUGGAAUGCUUGGAUCUACGCCUCGGUUUCCAUAUUCAUACUCUCCGCGUGCGGACUGCUCGGCAUACUGUUGGUACCACUGAUGAAGGCGACGGCAUAUCAAGAUAUUUUAAAAUUUCUAGUCGCCGUAGCUAUUGGUACACUCGCCGGUGAUGCGCUAAUGCAUUUACUACCACAUGCUUUGGUGCCCGAGCAUGGCGGUGGACAUGGUGACGUCACUGAAGAAUCGGAGCAUGAAAGUCACGAAGCUGUUUGGAUUUGUGCCUGCGCCUUUUUCACUUGCAUUUUCAUGUAUGUACUCGAGCACAUCUUGCCAUUGCUGAAGGGCGAGAGCAACGGUGGACAUGGUCACUCACAUGGUCAUAGUCACGCACACAGCCACGGUCAUACGCACACGCAUCAUACAGAGCAUCAAAAGUCAGAGCAGACGACGGCCGGCGAGACCAACAAUCAACAACCGCCAAUCAAUCAUGAUGCUAAAGAACUCAAUAUCAUGUUGAAUGAGACGAAAAAUGAUGAAAAAGGACCCUCACGUCCACUCACACCAGUCGCUUUCAUGGUCGUCAUCGGUGAUGGUCUGCACAACCUCACCGAUGGCUUAGCAAUAGGUGCUGCUUUCGCCAGCGAUCCAGUCACAGGCAUGGCUACCGCUUUUGCCGUACUCUGCCACGAGCUGCCACAUGAAUUGGGCGACUUUGCCCUGCUCCUGCAGACGGGCGUUUCACUGCGACGUGCCAUCUACUUGAAUAUUGUCAGUUCCGUGCUGAGUUUCCUGGGUAUGGCUAUUGGUUUGUUUAUAGCUGGCUCACAUGAGAAUAUGACGCAAUGGAUUUAUGCAGCUACAGCUGGCUCGUUCCUUUACAUUGCACUGGCCGAUCUGGUGCCCGCGAUGAGCGAGAUGGAGGGUCAUGUAGGGAAUUCAAAGAGCAAGAAACUUAAGGAUACUUUAAUACAGAUCAUUGGUAUGCUCUUGGGUGGUCUUAUAAUGUUAGCGAUCGCUGUGAAUGAGCAUGCGCUCGGCGAGCUCUUUAAAUGAAAGUGAGCUUAAGCAGUAUCAUGCGGUAAACGGGGAGAGAGUCGAAGUGGGCUUCCUAGUUAUGUAAAUUGGGAGGAUAAACGUACGAAAAUACAUUCCUAAACUUGUUUCUUAGAGUUUUAAAUCUGAUAUGGAAUAUGUUUAUUUAAGUUUAAGUAUUUUAAAGUAUUAUUA